UUAAGGAGAAGGAAGCGCUAAACACCAUUCAGUUCGAAAUGUUUUCAUCUGCGGUGUACUCGCGUUCGGUGCUCCGCUAAAAGUAACAAAAAGUGCAUAAGUUGCCGGGAGAAAAUGUUACAUUAACGAUAUUUUCGGUUUCUACUGAGUACACGGAUACGGAUACCACGCUAUAUACGCAGUUCACAACCAAAAUCUGUGCAAUACACAAAUUAGCGCAAACACAACGAAACGCCUGUAAAAAUCGAAGCCGAAACGAAACAAUAACAAAUGCGCUAAAGUGCUUACCAAAUAAUCUGCACCAACAGAAAAAGAGUGGUGAAAAGUGAGCAAAAGUGAUCGAAAAGAUCUGGAAAGUUUCUUAAAAUAAAGAAAGUGGAUGGUUCAGUGUGAGUUUUUGGUGAUAAAUCGGUAAAAAUCGUUCGCUUUCGUUUUUGUUGUGGUCGCCGUUCGCAGAGCUUAUGCAAAUGUGCUGCUCUGCGCCGCUUGUGGCAACAAAUUGCACUCGAAGCUGAGGCUUUUAUGAAUGCUACUGGGUUGGAGUCGAAGUCUGAGUCCGGAGACGCAUCUGGAGGAGAACGGCGCCGGAAGCACCCAUCAAAAUGGUCUUCAGUUAUGCGUGCAUGGUGCUCCAGCGCAUCGUGGUGCCAGCGGUCCUGGUACUCGCUGCCCUGAUGCGACCAGUGGGCAUAUCCUUUGUGUACCUUCUCAUGUUCUUCGUGUCGCCCUUUGUCCCGCUGGCCACGCGACGCAACUUCAAAGGAUCUGUGACUGCCUUCUUCAUCAUCCUGCUGGCGCUGAGCACGCUGGUCCUCUUGGGCCACAUAACGCUCCAGAUUCUGGCGGUCAGCCUCACGCUGCCAGUCUACAACUGCUCGUUCAGUGAGCGACUGCUGCGACACAUUGGCUUCGUGAGCUUUAUUGAUCUACAGCCAUUUGCUAUCAUUGAAUGGCUGGUGCCAGAGGUGCUGGUCUUCGCCACCUCCCUGGGAUCGUAUCUCACCGUGAAGCGAGUGGCCUCUCAGCCGUCCGGCGUCGAGCAACUGGAGAACGGCGAUGUGGCCGAUGGCCAGGCGGAAAACGCACAGACAUCUUCUCAGCCUCCUGCCACAGAUGCCAAUGCCAAUGGAGGAGACGUGCAACAGGCCACGGUCACCACGCCACUGCAGCAACAGCAGCAGCAGCUGCGGAAACGAGUGUCCAUGAUCAGCCAGCACAUUCACUUUGAGGGAUUGGUCAAGAUCUCUCCUCUGUUCUGCCUGGCCACGCUGUUCUUUGCGGCCGUGCUGCGUCCCUCGGUGCCUGGCGGAUUUUACUUUCUCAUUUUCCUGCUGGCCGGCACCUACUGGGCAACAUGCCAGACGCUGCAACGGGGCUUCGCCUUGUUGCUGCGCUGCGUGAUGGUCGUGCUCGUGCUGCACUCCCUGUCCAUUGUGUCCUACCAGACGCCAUGGAUGCAGAGCCACCUCAAUCAUACCACCCUGACAGCCCGUUUGAUUGGACUGGAACCGCUUAUUGAAUCCUACUGCUCGCCGGAUAUACGAGUCUUUCUGUACAAUAAUAAGCUGUCCCUGGACUCGUACCUCAAUCCCUUUGCGUUGUUUUUUGCCUACUUCGCACUGGCCCUGACCACCAAGCAUCUAAUUAAGCCACGGUUGGUGCGCCAAAGCACGCGCAAGGCGCGCACUCCCCAGCCGCUGGAGAGUGGAUCCUCGGUGGCGCCCAGUGCCACUCAGCGCGGCAACGACAUCCAGCUGGACUCGUUGGAACAGCGAUCGGAGCAGGAGAACACCACCACGUCCAUACUGGAUCAAAUUUCGUAUGGAUUCGUCAGCGUGGGAGGAUUCAUAUAUCAGAACAGCUAUAUAUUCACCAACAUUCUUAUGAUGGCGUGGUCCAUUGUGUAUCACAGUUGGCUGACUUUUGUCCUGCUGCUGUGGGCCAACGUGCUGUGGAUGAUUCCUAACCAGAGGAAGGCCAUGAUGCGGUCCAGUCCCUUCAUAGUCCUAUAUGCUGAGGCCCUUCUGAUUGCGCAAUACAUAUACGGCAUGGAUCUGAACAACGAAGAGCUGCCCACGAGCGUUCCCACUGCGGGCAUUAACCUGCAACAAAUUGGCUUCGAACGACCCAUCGAGAACCAAAUGCGGCCAUGUGUGCCGCUGAUCGUGAAGACAGCCUUUGUGCUAAUGUUUUGGGUGACGUCGCGGCAGUUCUUCAAGGAGAAGCGUGAUCGCCGAAGGGACAGCACUUUGGCGGAUAUUAUUGCCCCACUGCAGAUCACUGUGGGAUCGGCUGGCUCCAGCUACCUCAUCAACGAUGGCAAGAAGACCUCAAAGUUCCUAAAGAAGGCCGGCGAUGUGAUCAAGAAUCUACUGGUGCGCCUGUGGAUCUGGCUACUGGUGCUAGUUAUCUUCCUUUGCGCCAUCACCGGCGAGAACAUGACCGGCUUCCGCAUCUGCUACAUGGCUCUGUUCCUAUUCUUCUUGCUAGUCUUUCAAUCGUCGUCCAAGGCGUGGGUUAAGAUCAUGUACGGCUUCUGGCUGUUUCUGAUCUUCUAUGCCAUGUCCAUACUUAUAUUGAUCUACACAUAUCAAUUCGACAAGUUCGACAAGUACUGGAGCGACUAUCUUAAUGUGUCCGCGACUUUGCAAAAGGACAUCGGCCUUAAGCGCUACCAAACCAAGGAUCUGUUCCUUCACUUGGUCUCACCGACGAUAAUUGUGAUCCUGACCGUCAUCCAAGUGCAUUAUUUCCACAAGCGCUUCAUCGCCUCAUUGCAACAGCAGCCGUUGGCUGGCGGAUCGGCACAGCAGAAACCCACGGAGACAACUGCCUUGGAACCAGCGCCUUCAAAGCGACGUGGCAGCGCUGGUUCACUGCGUAGAUCCCAGGGUCCAUCGGCGGAGGCCGCUCCUGGAGCCACCACCGAUUUCGAAACAUCUGUGCGCGACUUGGUGCGCAUUUCGUUCCGAAAGAUCAAGAACAAGUCGGAGUACAUUUUCAAGAACUUCAAGGAUGUUUUCUGGCGCUUCCUGGAGCUGCACAUCAUGAAGGCUGUCUAUAUUGCAGCCUUCGUGUGCAGCGUCAGCGAAGUCUGCGUACUGCACAUUAUCUUUGUGGGUUUCUGUGUGCUGGGCGCCACAUCGCGCAAGGCCGUCCAGGUGGUGAUCAGCCGCCUCAUCUCGUUUAUUGUUACCAUCAUAGUUCUGUCGAAGAUGAUCUACCAGAUCGAGUACUUAAGUCACUCGCAGCACAACGUGGUUUGCUCUGACAACCGGACUGCCAACAAUGCGGAGUGGAUUGGCCUCACCAAGGCCGACAAGGUAACGGGUGGACUGAUGAGCCUGUUGCGCACCUACAUAAUCUACAUGGUAAUUGUGACCAUGCACGCAGUGAUCACUUUGCGGCAGCUUCAAAUGCGCGUUAAGAUCGGAGCACUGAAUGCUCCACCCACCAAGCUGCUGUUCCCCAAUAUUAUUCGAGCUGAUGCUGAGAAGGAUCUGGUGGGACUGGUCAAGUAUCUGCUCAACUUCGGCUUCUAUAAAUUUGGCAUCGAGAUAUCGCUCAUCGCCCUGGUGUCCACCAUCACAUAUCGCCAGGAUAUUGUUGCCGUUGUCUAUGCCCUGUGGCUGGUGGUGCUCUUGCUUCUGAGGAGAUCUCAGUGCGCCAAAAUAUGGGGCGUGUUUCAGGCAUUCUUUGCCAUCUCCAUACUGACACAGUACAUAGUGCUGGUAGGAUUGCCGCCGAGCUCAUGCCUGGUUUAUCCCUGGGAUGAAGGCCCCUUCGGUGAGGGCAUACAACGCUGGACAAUGCUGCCAGGAGCCCUGCACUUUAACCACGUUCCCAAGCUGAUCUUCGACUUCAUUGUCUUGGUUAUUCUGAACCGACAGAAGAGUAUCUUCUGCAUCGAACAGCGUUAUGCCAGUAGCGACGAUUAUCCUGGUGGCAGCAACCGCAGUGUGAUCGCGGAUAUUGCUCAGCUAGGUCGCGUUCCCUUCGACAAUCCCACCCAUGACUUUUGCUCUUACAUACGGAACUACUCGGACAUCCUGAAGAACGGCGUGCUGUGCGGCUUUUACUGGUUCACUUUAGCAGUGGUUUUCCUGGCCGGCACCAAUAUUGCGGAUCUGCUGGCCCUGGGUUAUCUGAUCGGAGCGUUUAUCUUUCUGUGGCAGGGAUCCGAUUUCUAUCUGCGUCCAAUACACACCAUCAUCUUUCGCUGGAAGUGGCUGCUGGCAUUCAAUGUGGCCAACAUACUGAUCAAGACGACCUUCCAGAUGGCUGGCUGUUUGUUCAUGACACAACUGACGAAGGACUGCUGCUGGCUGGUGCACAUGCUGGGCAUCACCUGUACGAGCAAUGUGCUCACAGAGCAAAUAAUGCUGCCCGAGGAGGCGGAAUUGGCGCUUAAGCCAGGCGAAUGUCCUAAGAUCACCCACCAGGUGGUCCUCCUGUGGGACACAAUUUGCUUCGCCUUCAUCAUCUUCCAGCUGCGCAUCUUCAAGUCGCACUACUUCUGUCACAUCAUAACGGACACAAAGGCGAAUAACAUCCUGGCCUCCAGAGGAGCCGACAUCAUUGAGAGCCUACGGCACAAGCAGAUUGCCCAUCGUCACGACCAUGAAAAGCAGGUGCUACAUAAGAUCAAGCGAAAGAUGGAGCGCAUCCGAGCCACGCAGCAGAAGAUGCUUCGACCCUUGGACAAACAAACCCACUUCGAUGGGCGACGCACGCCCUCAGAGCACGCCAUGUCCGAUGUGGCACCUUUGGCCCACAAUAGCAGCGUCACCUCUUGUCAGGGCUCUGGUUAUCUGACCCCAGAUGAUCGUAGCUCCGCCACCUCAGCCACUUCAUCGCCAGCAAGGGCCUCGAUCCUCUCCAGCAGUGGAGGCAGCAUGGAAAGCGUGGACAGCGCAGACGCUGCCGUGAUUAUUGAACCGGAAAUCAAUGUGAUGCCAUGUGAGGAGAUUACGGAUUAUUUGGAUGUGCAGUCGCUCAGUGAAGAGGAGACAACUGUAGAAAUGCCUAAGAAGCUCUUGGAGUCCUUGGCCACUUCUAAGGACUCGCAGUCGAAGGAAGGUGUUUUCAAAAGCCCAGAGCCAACAACGCCAAGUACAGAUGCCUUGUCUACUCUCCUGACUGAGGGAUUUUUGGAACCGAAGAGGAUCUCUUUGGGAUUGGCUCCUUCUGAGCGUAGUGCUCCUGUUGGGAUGCAGAGCCUGGCUCCUCCGUUGGCUGCCUAUGCCACAGCCAUGGCUUCCAGUGCGGCCAGUUCCGUGCUGUCCUCCAAUCUGACUCCGAAUCUUCGCCGAGAACAUCGCCGCCAGUCGUCAACCAAUGCCGCUGUUUCCUGGAACGAAACUGUUUCUAUCAAACGAUCUCCCAUGAAAAAGCAAAUGUCGGCGGAUAAGGAAGAGCUGGUAACCAUGCGGCACAAGUCGCUCCACCGCCGACACCAGAGCAUGGGGAAUGCCAGUUACUCCUUGGACGAAGCCAGCCAGUCGCAGUCGCAAUCGCAGCGCAAGCGGCUGUCCAGCAACUUAUCCGGAACUCGGGACGAGACCGCCCUGCGAUCCGCACAAAGACCGCAUAGCUGGGGACCCGUGGGUACGACCUCCUAUAUGGAGUCGCUGAUGUGCGCCUUCUACGAGCCUGCUCUGCUGCAUGGACCAUCUACCCGUGCUGGUGACUACUAUAUGUUCGAGGAGAUGGACGAUAAGUUUGAGCUGGACUUGAUACACGACGAGAUCGACUUCCUCGAGGAGGAGAACAUCACCGAGAGCGAGAUGAAGAUGCAGCGCCGCAAGACCCUCUACGAUGUGUGGAAGGAUCUGAAUGAUGCCGAGUACCGUCGCCACUUCUACAUGCGUGAGCGUUCCUACGCCUCAGAGCCGGGUUCUCGCAUUGUCCUGAAGUUGGACGACGAGAAGGAGAAGAUUGGCCCCGAUCUCGGCCUGACCAGCGACGACGAUGAGGACGACGAUACCAUUGAAUGCGACCUGGGCAUGCGCACCUCGACGCUGUCCGAACCGCUCGACUUUGGUCGUCGCAGCCAGACGCUGCUCGAGGUUAAGUCGAAGGACGCACCCACUGGCGAUUUCCCCUCCACCAGCAAGGGUAUUUCCAAGGAACGUGAUGCGGCGGCGGCUUCCAGUUCGGCUAGUCCAGCGCCCACUAGGGAUGUGGGUGAUCUGCCCGUGAUUCCACCACCUUCGACUGGCCUGGGACGCGAGCAAACCUCCAAGGAGACCUCCGAUAGCAAGUCAAAAAUGGAAGUGGACAGCGGAGAGGUGACGGCCAAGGACUCGGAUGAGGACUUUGAUACAAAUCCCAUCAUCAGACUGCUCGAGGGCUUCUUGGUCACGCUGACCAUAAGACUGAACCGCUUCUCGCGCAACUAUCGCUUUGUAAACCGCAUCCUGGCCGGCGAAAAGAAGACCUUGAAGGAGUCGAGUUCGCUGAAUCGUCUGGGUCUGUCCACUGCCGCUGCCAUGUUCCACUUCCUCAAGUCCAAUCUCGAGAGCGAUGAAAGUGACCCGCCCGCCUCCUCAUCCACCCCGCGGCGGGUGGUGAUCGCACCACCGAAUGUCACCGAGCACUCAGACCCCACCAGCACCACACUGAACACGAACACGACAACCACACCGCUAUCACCACCAGAACCACUGCAACCAACUACAACCAGUACACCGCAGCAACAGCAUCAGCACAUUCGCGCUGCCGAAGAAAUCAUCGAACUGCCUGUAGAUACCGUUGAUGGAGUCGACCCUAGAAAACAAUCAAUCAAUUCAUCGCCGCCAGCAAAAGGCACGAUGCUCAGUCGAAAAUCGGAUUGCGGCCUGCCCGAGAUUCGAAUUAAAGCGCCCUCUGUCGAGCGCGGUGCACACUAUUACCAUAAUCACCACAGCGGCGGUGGCUCGGGAUCCUUGAGCAAACACUGGUCCUACGAGCAGGUGGACAGCGCGGGCGAAUUCAAUCUGGAGGAGGAGAACUUUGCCCAGAGAGAUCAUCACAUCAUUGUCGAGGUGCUGAUCUCCUCGUGGUACGCCUUGUUGGCCAACACGGAUCUCAUCUGCUACAUUGUGGUGUUCAUCAACCAGGUGGUCAAUGCCAGUCUCAUUUCGCUGCCGCUGCCCAUCAUGGUCUUCUUGUGGGGCACAUUGUCUCUGCCGCGUCCCACCAAGACGUUCUGGGUCACAUUGAUUGCCUACACCCAGGCCAUCGUGCUGAUCAAGUGCAUCUUCCAGUUUAAACUGAUCUGGUCCAAUUACCACCAACUGCCCAAUCAGCCGUUGACACCUGCAAAAAUUUUCGGCGUGGAAAACAAGGCCCACUAUGCGAUUUACGACCUGAUCCUGUUGCUGGUUCUAUUCCUGCAUCGAUAUCUGCUUAAGUCACAAGGCCUGUGGAAGUCGGGCUACAAGGACACGGACAACCAGUUCAGCAAGCCCACCGCUAGCAUCGAUGAACGCGACGAUAGCGACAAUUUAUCCCAGCCGGAUUCCCGCCAGCUAAACGAUGAUGCCGCUCAGAAGCUGAGUCUCCAAGUGAGCCAGGCCUCCUUACCAGGAUCGCCAGAAUUCAGCAAGACUGGCAUCAAUCAGUUAGAGCGCACCAAGUACACCUCAUCACUAUACAAAUUUUUCUUUAGUUUGGUACACAAAUCCCGUCUAGCCACAGAUGUUUAUGCUCUGAUGUUCCUCUGCGAUUUUGUGAACUUCUUUGUGCUUCUUUUCGGCUUCACUGCAUUUGGAACUCAGCAAACGGAAAGUGAUGAAGGUGUGCAGACAUAUCUCGCGGAGAACAAAGUGCCCAUACCAUUCCUGAUUAUGUUACUGGUUCAGUUCCUGCUCAUCGUCAUUGAUCGAGCCUUGUAUCUGCGCAAAGCCCUGGUGAACAAGAUCAUCUUCCACUUCUUCUCGGUAAUCGGAAUACACAUCUGGAUGUUCUUUGUUGUGCCUGCAGUUACGGAGCGCACUUUCAACUCCCUCGCACCUCCAAUAAUUUUCUAUGUGAUAAAGUGCUUUUACAUGCUGCUCAGCUCCUAUCAAAUCAAAUCCGGCUACCCCAAGCGCAUUCUAGGCAAUUUCUUCACCAAGGGAUUCUCGAUGGUCAAUAUGAUUGCCUUUAAGGUGUACAUGCAGAUUCCAUUCCUGUACGAGCUGCGAACUAUAUUGGACUGGGUGUGCAUUGACAGCACAAUGACCAUUUUUGACUGGCUUAAGAUGGAGGACAUUUUCUCGAAUAUAUAUCUUAUCCGGUGCACCCGUCAGUCAGAGACAGAUUUUCCGGCCAUGAGAGCUCAGAAGAAGGCCUCACUUUCCAAGCUUUUAAUGGGUGGCACCGUCGUCCUGCUGAUAGUGAUUUGCAUUUGGGGACCACUGUGUUUGUUUGCCCUUGGCAACGCGGUGGGCACCCCGAAUGUGCCCUUCCAUGUGUCGCUAUCAAUACGAAUCGGACCCUAUGAUCCCAUCUACACUACGAACAACUACGACAGCAUCUUCGAGAUCAAUCCCGAGAUGUAUUCUCAGAUGACUAAUGCAUACAUAAAGGAGAAACAGGCUUUGACGUUUAUUGCUGGUUAUGAUGCGGCGGAUGUAGCUGCGGUUCGACUUGCUGGGAACUCACCAUCUCUGUGGAACAUAGCACCGCCGGAUAGGCAGAGACUACUGAAUGAUUUAAGAAACAAUCACACGUUGAAGGCCCGCUUCUCUUAUUCACUUACCCGGCAGGCUCCUGCCAAGGGACUAAAGGAAAAUGUGGGCGACGAACAUGCCAUAACUCUGGACGAGUCCUUUGAAGGACGAGCAGCACUCAUUCACAUGCUAAGCGAAACCCACGACGUGGAGCCAAUUCACAGCAAUGCCACAACAAAUGGUACCACUCCCGAAGUCGAGGAGGUGGUGGUCAUACCCGGUAUGAUACCCAAGUUUAUCAAGGUGCUCAAUUCAGGCGACGCGGCGGUGGUAAGUGUGCUGAGCCCAAAACACUACGACUACCGACCGUUGGUUAUCAAAAUGCAUCGCGACAACGAGACCAAUGGCUUGUGGUGGGAGAUUCGGGACUACUGCAACGAUACCUUCUACAACGAAACUCUGUCGAAGUUUGCAUACAGCAACUGCACUUCAGGAAUUGUGAUGUACACGUUCAACGAUAAAAAGUUCCCUUCUACGUUCAGCUUCCUCACAGCGGGAGGCAUCAUUGGCUUGUACACCACCUUUGUGUUAUUGGCCUCGCGCUUCAUGAAGUCCUUUAUUGGCGGCCAAAACCGAAAGAUAAUGUUUGAAGAUCUGCCUUACGUUGAUAGAGUGCUGCAGCUCUGUCUGGACAUUUAUCUGGUACGGGAGGCGUUGGAAUUCGCUCUGGAAGAAGACCUGUUUGCCAAAUUACUCUUCCUAUACCGAUCGCCCGAAACGCUCAUCAAGUGGACCCGUCCCAAGGAGGAGUACGUGGACGAUGACGGCGACACCGACUCGAUUCCCAGUCGAAUGAGCGUACGCCGGCCCGAGCAGCUGCAGCCACAGCAACCGCAAUAACAUAGGCCUAAUCCAAUCGCUUAACUAAAGUAGGGUUUGUUUACGUAUUUAGUACGUAUUGCGUUAUCGUAGGUUUCAUAGUAUUUUUUAAAAGUUUUAUAAGGAGAAAGAGAACUCAAAUCAAAACUCAAAUGUACGCAUCACCCAUUUAUAACAGUCGAUCGAUUUUUUGUCAAAAGUACUGCCCAUGUGUAUAACUGUGUAUUUAGUAAGUAAGCUAAAAGUGUUGAUGUUUGUUAAUUCAAACAAUUGAAAAUAAUAGUGAAUUAUAAUUGCCUAAUCAAGGAAAUAAUUUAUUUAACUUACUGCUAAAUAAGUGUAAAAAUUGAAGAUAAAGCGCGGAAAUACUAAUAAUAAUGAUGAAAACUCAUAUUCAGGGAAUU